AGAGAGAGGAGAACAGGAGACAGGAGGCUCUUGCUCAGAAACGCUUCAGUCACAGUCAAAGCGCAGAUACUUCACGAUACAGGAACAGGCGAUUUGAAACUAUGGAUGUGACAGAGCGGAGGUGACACGCGCACUAACGUGAUGGGGGGUCGCUGUGUCAGGACGCUCUUCACGUGGACCUAAACCUUUUACGCACGAUGCCAAAGUGCACGCGGAUGCGGCGCACGGUCCCUGUCUGUGUCCUCACCUUCAUCGUGCUCAUGUGUGUGGACUUCCAGCUGCGCCCCACUCCUCUGUCCGAAAUCAGCGCGUCUCCGGCGGCUUCUGUCUCUGUCCGCCACCGCCCCAUCCACGAACACCGCGCACCUACUAUUCCGUCCCCUCCUGCGCCCCGGUUAAGCUCCUCUGACCCGCGGCAGGGGGUCACCGAGCGCCCGCUGAAGCUGGAGGACAUUUACAUCGCGGUAAAAACCACGGGGAAGUUCCACAGGACGAGACUGGCGCUGCUCCUGCAAACGUGGAUCUCCAGGACCAAAGCGCACACAUAUAUUUUCACUGACGCCGAAGAUGAGGAGCUGAAGUCUGCAGGGUAUAAGCUGGAGGUGACGCGGUGCCAGUCGGACCACAGUCAGCAGGCCCUGUCCUGUAAGAUGUCUGCAGAGUACGAUGGCUUCAUGAGCUCAGAUAAAAGGUGGUUCUGUCAUGUGGAUGAUGACAACUACCUGAACCCUGGAGCUCUGCUGCCUUUGCUGCGCUCCUUCCCCCAGGACGGAGAGCUGUACGUGGGCAGACCCAGCCUCGACAGGCCCCUCACAGCACACGAACUGGUGGAGGGCAACAAGACGAGGGAGGUGCACUUCUGGUUUGCCACAGGGGGCGCUGGUUUCUGCCUCAGCCGAGCUCUGGCUGAGAGGAUGGCUCCGUGGGCCAGUGGUUCUCAGUUCGAGCAGACGUCAGCUCUGAUCCGUCUCCCUGACGACUGCACUGUGGGCUUUAUCGUGGAGCAAAGACUGGGACUGUCCAUGGUCCACUGCUCCCUGUUCCACUCCCACCUGGAGAACCUGUUCCUGGUGCAGCAGAAGGACCUCAGCUCACAGGUGACUCUGAGUUAUGGCAUGUUGGAGAACAAAUUGAACACCAUUGAGGUCAGAGGCAGCUUCAGCACAGAGCAGGACCCCUCCAGGUUUAAGACGGUGCAUUGCCUGCUGUACCCCUUUACCAGCUGGUGUCCGUGAGCAUAUCCAAACCAAAAGACUUUUCAGACUGAGAAAGACUGAAAUGUUACUGUGGUGGACUGUGGAUUCACAGACUGCUCUGCCCUCUGCAAGUCCAGGUUUGCCUCUGGUCUAGUCCUGGUUUUGUUCCAUAUGUAAUCCCAGUUUAGUCCUGGUUUAUGUGGACAGACCAAAUAUCCAAAUCCCUCAAACAUUUUAUGCUUUGGAAGAGGAAACGAGAUUGUAACGUGAUCAAAAGACAAGCAGUGAUUUUUUGGCAAUCUCAUGCCUUUAAAGGUGCACUAUAAUUUUUGUAGUGGAGUAUAUGGCAUUUGCUUGUCUCCAUGGAGAUGUCAUUGCUUUGACUUGCUCUGAAGGUACACAUACCUUGUAACAAUCUUUAUCAUUCAAUAAAUUGCUGUUUUUAUUGCUCAAACAUAAAUAGAAAACAUGCAUCCUUACAGUGAACAAGCUCGCCUCUCCACAGCUCUGACCUUUAAUUUGUGUGAUGCAGGGACAAAUUAAACUAUCUCCUUGGAGUUUAUGAGUAAGUUCCACCAGAAUUGUUACAGAGUGCACCUUCCACAGGAUAAUUUAAUCUGUUGUUCCAUCACCAAGGCCCCUCUUAUGGACUCAUCAUUUGUAAUACUCUGCUCAUAUUGUACAUAACUCCCUCUGAAUGUCAAUGCAAACCUGUUUCUAUGAAAUAAUGUAUUCAAUGUUUGCUGAUCUCAGAGACGGAAGGCACUUAACUGUAAAGCUUCACACUGCCAAUGAGAAAAGCUCAAAUAAACAGGUUUUGCACAUUAAGAAAACUUAAGCAAUUUCAUAAAUGCAGACAUUAAUGUUGGAUUUUUUCGGAUGAGACUUUAGCUGCUCUGCACCAAGGUUUGGAAUUUGUCAUUGUGUCUGCUUCACCAAAGCUAAAUGAAUCUAACAAAUAAUAUGAAAGAAAAUAAACAUGUCAAUCUACAAAAAUAAACAAUAGAGAGAGAAUAUGAAUUGGUCAGACUAGUCACAUCCAAAUGGCAGGUUAUAGCUCCACAGUAAACUCGACUUGUAAACUCCAGCUGUAAACAUCCUUCCAUUUUUAUAUAUGGAUCAUAUAUAGAGAUUACACAGACACCCUUCCAUCUUGGAAUUCCUACUUGGAAAAUUGGGGAAUAUUUCAGAGCUCCAGUUGGACUUGAGUCAGAAAAUCCAAAAUGGCUUCACCCUGUGUAUGGAUAAAUGUGACGAUUGCUCCAAUAUGGAUAGUACUUGUGUUAUUGUGCCUUUGUGUGCUCUGUACUGUUCACCCACGUCUGUGAACCUGACACAUUUAUUUGGAUAGCAAGAAAAUAGCUCAGCCACACUGUCAAUAGGAAGGGCACCUGAUGUAAAAUAUCUGGUAAAAAGAUUAUGUAAAAAUAUAGUGCAGUGUCAGUGAAUGUACUUGUUUAAGCAGCUGCUCCUUCUUGUGUUUAUUCUCGCUUUUGCAUUUAUUACAUUCUCACAUGGCCUUAAAUAUAAAUACUCAACAUUUAAAACAAUUACAUCUUUGGUGCAGUGAAACCAUGUGUGCACCAAACUGCAACCGCACCAAACUACGGUAUACUCUCUCCACAGCAGCUUCUCCUCUCCUCAAUUAUCAACAUUUCAUUUUCCAUUUGUAUCUGGGUAACUUCCUGUUCCUCUUUGGCUCUACUAACUUCAUCCUGGAAAACAUUGUUGGCUUGGAUCCCUCUGGAAGAUGAUCUUGUAGACUUUUUAUUUAAAAUCCCUGUGCUUCAGUGUUUUUUCCUCUUUCAAAACAUUCUCGUACAGCAUUUAUCUGGUGCUGUUCUGUUCAUAGUCUGUUAAAGUUACUUCUGUGUUGUUCCAGAAGUUCUUGAGUUUCCUGGAGGCUUUUUCUUGUCUCAUUCAGUUUGGUUUCAUAAUGAAGACCUUUCUCUUCUGUGAGGAUAAUUAAGAUCCUGAAUUGUCUGGUGU